AUGGUCUCCAAGUAUCUCUUCUCAGCACUUCAGCUCGCCUCGCUUGUCAAGGGCAUCUACGGCCAGGUCGAGGUUCUUGCUGAGCGUCCCGCCAAAUAUGUCGAUGACACUCCUGAAGCAGAGAAAGUGGCACUGGCAUCUAUUGUCGAAGAUGAUCCGGCCGAUGUAGUCUACCCCAGUCUGCGUCCUGCUCGUCUCGUGGGCUACGAUGGCAUCUCGCCUGGUCCCACCAUUAUCGUGCCCAGGGGAACAGAGAGCGUGGUACGCUUCGUCAACCAAGGCGAUCGCGAGAGCUCAAUCCAUCUUCAUGGUUCGCCUUCCCGUGCUCCAUUUGACGGAUGGGCUGAAGAUCUGAUUCAGCGAGGCCAGUACAAAGAUUACUACUAUCCCAACAACCAAGCUGCAAGAUUCCUCUGGUACCACGACCACGCCAUGCACUUCACGGCAGAAAACGCCUACUUCGGGCAAGCCGGCGCCUACCUAAUCACGGACCCGGCCGAAGACGCUCUCGGUCUCCCCUCGGGCUACGGCAAAUACGACAUCCCGCUCGUCCUCAGCUCAAAAUACUACAAUGCCGACGGCACCCUGCAAUCCAGCCUCGGCGAAGACAAAAGCCUCUGGGGCGACAUCAUCCACGUCAACGGCCAGCCCUGGCCUUUCCUAUCCGUCGAGCCACGCAAGUACCGCCUGCGCUUCCUCAACGCAGCUGUAUCCCGGAAUUUCGCUCUCUACUUUGUAAAAGCUGAUGCCACUGCUACACGGCUGCCGUUCCAGGUCAUCGCGUCGGAUGCAGGACUACUUACGCACCCGGUUCAGACAUCGGAUAUGUAUGUUGCAGCGGCUGAGCGCUACGAGAUAGUAUUUGACUUUGCGCCCUUUGCCGGCCAAGCGAUUGACCUGAAGAAUUUCGCGAAAGCAAAUGGCGUCGGUACUGAUGAUGACUACGCGAAUACGGAUAAGGUGAUGCGGUUCCGCGUUAGCAGCGCUGCUGUGGUUGAUAACUCGGUGGUGCCCGCGCAGCUGUCGACGAUCCAGUUCCCAGCUGACAAGACGAGUAUUGAUCACCAUUUCCGGUUCCACCGUACCAACAGCGAGUGGCGCAUCAAUGGCAUUGGGUUUGCCGAUGUGCAGAACCGUAUCCUGGCAAAGGUUCCUCGCGGCACGGUUGAGCUUUGGGAGUUGGAGAACUCGUCGGGUGGAUGGUCGCAUCCUAUCCACGUGCACUUGGUUGACUUCAGGGUCGUUGCGCGGUACGGUUCUGAGAGCACGCGUGGUGUCAUGCCGUACGAGGAAGCGGGACUCAAGGAUGUGGUCUGGCUCGGUCGCCACGAGACGGUGCUUGUAGAAGCGCAUUAUGCUCCUUGGGACGGCGUCUACAUGUUCCACUGCCACAACCUUAUCCACGAAGACCAGGAUAUGAUGGCGGCGUUCGAUGUCACCAAGCUGCAGAACUUUGGGUACAACGAGACGACUGACUUCCAUGAUCCUGAGGAUGCACGUUGGUCUGCUAGACCCUUCAACGUUGCUGAUCUCAAUGGACAAUCGGGUCUCUUUUCAGAAGCAUCUAUCAAGGCCAGAGUCAAUGAACUGGCUCUUGAGCAGCCUUACAGCGAACUGGACAAGGUAACGGCUUCCCUUGAGGAAUACUACAAGAAGAAUCAGAAGAGACAGGAAGAGUGCAAGGACAGGCCCGCUGGCCCUAUCCCCCGGUACCGCAGGUUCCAGGUCUAA